CCUAAUUUAAAAAACUCUUUGCUUUCACAAAUUUAACCAAUUAUCACGAUCUACCACCCUAAGCCCACUGUAGCUCCAAAAAUCUCGAAAUUGCAACAACACAAUUCUUUCUUUUGCGCGGGAAUUACUUACUUCUAUCGUCAAAAGAUUUCCGUUAGGUUUUUGCAUCUUUUCAUAAACGAAAUACAAACUCGUUGUUUUAGUUGCGAGAUUUAAGGAACCUCAAAUUCUAUUGAUUGCUCUCAGUUUCCUUUUUUGAAUCAAGUUUUCUUCACAUAGGUUUAUCAUAUGGACGCUUCGUCUGUUAGAAAUCUCUGCCGAUAUUUGAUUUCGUCGGCGAUUCAACGAUGUCGUAUGUCAGGGGAACUUUGUCGAUUAUCCGUCGGUCUGAAAUCGUUUCCACUUGCCAAUCCUCCUUUAGUUCGUAUCUCAAUUUCUGACACGGGAGUUGGAAGCUGCUUGGAGGAGUUUCAGGAUGUGAAGUAUCUAAGUGAUUCAUCAUUGAAUCAGAUACAUGAUGGAGUUAUAUCAAUCGCCACUACCAGAGUUUGCGAUAAUGAAAUAUUUCACUACAAUAUAGAUCUUAAACAAAAAGAUUGCACAAAAAGGCUAGCAACAUUACCUCUAACCCCCAAAAAUGGUGCAACAUUCAGUGGGACUGAAGUAUCAUUCUCAACAUUUCAUAGUAUUGAUGUUUUACUAGAAGACAUUACUUGCUUUUUCCAGAAGAUGCUCAUUAUGAAGAUUCCUAAGGUUGGAAUUGAACUGAUUGUUGACAAGGUAGAAUUUCCUGAGCACCAAUGUGCAAAUGUUAUAGUGGCAAAUGAGUGCAUUGACUCACCUUCAGAAGCAAAUGCUGAAUGCCUCAAGUCAGGCCUUGUGGAUUAUGUUCUCAAGCAUGGGAAUAAAAAAGACAGUAUAUGCAAUUCUUGCUUCACAAUCGAGGAUCACUUGAAAGUAGGAAGUGGGGAGGUCUACAAAAGUUAUAGGAAUACUGAAACAACAAUAGAAGCUGUGGUUAUAAUCAGUGACUUAUCAGAGAUGAUGGAUCCAUCCUGUUUCAGGGCAUAUGGUAGUAAAACCGAGGUAUUAUACUUCAAUGAUUUCUCACCUGGAAUAACUUGUCAACCAUUACUAAAAGCAUUAAAAACCAUUGAUUGGAAAAGCUAUGGACUAAGCAUAAAAUCCAUAUCAGAUGAAGAUGGUUGUGCUUUUAUUGAAUGGGACAAUUUGCCUCAAGAUUCUGUGAAGCUUGCAUUGAAUGACUUAAAGAAAAAGAAUGCUGGUGUUCUUCUCAGUGCACAUGCAGUUAAGAUUCGCAGUUAUGCUCCAGAGCUUGCGAAAACAAUUGCAAGCCUGAUUUCAACCUCAGAUGACUUGAAAUUUAAAGGAGAAUGUGCUUCUAUUCUUGGCCUACAUUCUUCUCAUCAUGAUACAGAAUCAGAAUCCAUUGAAGAUAACAUUAAACAGAGGCUUACUUCAAUUAUAGACCAGAAUGACAGACAACCUCAGACUAAUAAGAGAACCAGAGAGUCUGCACCUCUUCUUUUUAAUGAUGACUGCUUUCAGGAACCAGAAUAUGCUGCAUAUCAGGAAUAUGAGGAUGAGGUAAGCUUUUCUGCUUUUGAUCAAUAG